GCUCCGGGCAGCCUCAUUGCUGCGCGGCGCGCCACCAGCUCUCAGCCAGCAGCUCCUCGAUCAUCAACGAGAAUCAUCUCGACGCUCCAAUUCGCCCAGCCACGGCUUAUCUCCAGCGACGUGCCGAGGCUCUCUCGGUCAAGCAGCCCGGCCGCAGCCAGUGCCCGGCGCCCGACAGCCCAACAAGCUCGAGAGCCGCUCGCGACUACGAGACCCACGACUACUCGGCCUGAUUUCCCGAUCUAGCGAGCCGCAGUCGAGAGCAGGCGGCCGAGCGAAGCCCGCAGUCAGCGAAAGCUCCUCCGGCAUCGCCGCCGGCGGCCCGCGCUCGUGCUCGAGUGCCAGCGACGAGUCCUCUUCUGCGCUGUCGAGCUCGGCGCCAAAGCCGCCCAGCGAACUCGAAGCUCGCUAGCUGCCGCGUCAGCUGUGCUGCGGCACUUGGCCCGGAAAGCGGCGCGGCGCAGGCGAGUCCGGACUGCAGAUCGGAUGCGCCACCCCGGCAGCGGCCCCACCGCCCGCGCCCAUGCUGCACGAGCUAGGCCUAGCUCAGCCGGCGUUACACUCGCAACGACACCAGCACCACCACCAGCUCCACCACUGUCGCCAGCAGCAGCACCACCGCCAGCGCCAGCAGCAGGACCGAGCGCCGCGCCGGACCCGGCAGCAGCAGUUGCAGAAGCGCGGCAGCAGCCUGGGCCUGAGCGCCGCCGCGGCGGCGGCCGCCUCGUCGAUGCUACAGCCGCCCUCGAACCUGCUGGAGAUGGCCUCGCUCAGGCUGCCCGACUCGGACGACUUCGAGCUGGAGCGUAGGCACGGUGACCUGCAGCAGCAGCAGCAGCAGCACCACCACCACCACCACCACCACCAGCAGCUGCCCACCAGCCCCAGCGGCCAGCUCGGCGGCUACCUGGAGCUGCGCAACCGCGGCGGCGGCGGUGGCGGCGGCGGCGGCGGCGGCGGCGGCAGCAGUCGGGCCGAGCUGUUCGCCGAGUACGUCAACGGCUCGAUGCAGGACCUGCUCGUGAUCGCCGGCUCGCCGUUCGCCGAGCAGCAGCCCCACCAGCCGCACCUGCUCGCGGCCGGCGUGGUGGGCCCCACCCACCUGCUCAACGCCACCGGGCCGGACGCCAACCUCUCCGUCGAGCAGGUCACCGACCGCCUCUACAGGCACAGCGUCGCCAUGUCCGUCGUCUACUUCGUCGCCUACUGCCUCGUCUUCGUCGUCGGCCUUAUCGGCAACAGCUUCGUCAUUGCCGUCGUCUACCGCUCGCCCAGGAUGAGGACGGUCACCAACUUCUUCAUCGUCAACCUCGCGGUCGCCGACAUCCUCGUGAUCGUCUUCUGCCUGCCCGCCACCCUCAUGAGCAACAUUUUCGUCCCUUGGGUUUUGGGCUGGUUUAUGUGCAAAACUGUACCAUACAUCCAAGGCGUCUCUGUAGCUGCAUCUGUUUACAGUUUGGUUGCAGUAUCGUUAGACAGGUUCUUGGCGAUCUGGUGGCCGCUCAAGUGUCAGAUCACGAAGCACCGGGCCCGAGUGAUGAUAGUGUUCAUCUGGUUCGUCGCCCUCACGGCCACGCUGCCCUGGCUGAUCUACUUCGACCUGGUGUCCAUCUACCCCGACGACCCCGGCCUGAAGCUCUGCCUGGAGGUCUGGCCGCAGCCCCGCUACGGCGCGCUCUUCUUCCUCGUGGGCAACCUGAUGCUCUGCUACCUGCUUCCGAUGUUCCUCAUCAGCCUGUGCUACGUGCUGAUCUGGAUCAAGGUCUGGCGGCGCAACAUCCCCAGCGACACCAAGGACGACCAGAUGGAGAGGCUGCAGCAGAAGUCCAAGGUAAAGGUCGUCAAGAUGCUCAUCGUCGUGGUCAUCCUCUUCGUGCUGUCCUGGCUGCCACUCUACGUCAUCUUCGCCCGCAUGAAGUUCGGAGGACGAGUGGCCGACUGGGAGGAGGAGUACUGGGCGAUCGCCACGCCGAUCGCCCAGUGGCUGGGGGCCUCCAACUCGAGCAUCAAUCCGAUCCUGUACGCCUUCUUCAACAAGAAGUACCGACGCGGCUUCAUGGCGAUCCUCAAGUCGGGCGAGUGCUGCGGCAAACUACGCUACUACGAGACCGUGGCCAUGAUGUCCAGCUCCACCUCGAUGCGCAAGUCUUCGUACUACGUCAACAACAACAACUCGUCGACCAAGCGCGUCUUCCACCAGCCGCCCAUGCACCAGGACAGCAACGUCUCCUACAUCUUCAAUCACACCGGCGUCUAAGGCGGCCCAGCCGGCGCAAUUACCAAAAAUAGCUUUGUCCACUGCUCGCCUUGCGCGCGAGCAAACUACUGCGCUGACACCUCGUUGCAGCGAGAGCCAUCUCAACGGAGAGCAGCGCCAAGCGACCGCCUCUCUCCAAGUCUCUCUCUAAGGUGUACAUGUCGUCGUUUUCGGCCGUGGUUGGCCUGGCUAAACACGCUCGCGAACCCUAUCGCAGGCUCCAUAACACACCGUGCAGCCUGUAGCCGCGCAGCGUGGGCACGCACACACACGCACGCACACACAUACGCGCACACACACACACACACACACACACACAUACACACACACUUUAUUGAUGUUCGAUCGACUCGAUGCUCCAAGCAUCGGCGCCUCAAACUCUGCUCUCGGCUACUCGCAGCUCCCCCUAGUUCCAGCUACCUCUCGAUUUUGCCCCCGUGACCGUAUCCGCUAUUUAUAAUGUACGCGCCCCGCCGAUAGCGGAGUCCUCCGCCGACAACUAUUUCCUCGACCUUUGUCAAAUCUACAUGAUCCCCGCAAUAUUUAUCAUCCUGCCGUUUUUUUCUACUUUACGCUAGACACUCGUCGUUGUUAUACUAUUUCUUUGAGAUCGUUGUUUUCGUUGUUGACUUAACGCCGAUGCGAGUGCGUGACGUGUAGAUGUUAUAUACCUAUUUUACUGCCGUUUCCAAGCACACAACUGCAAAAGAAAAAAAGAUAACAAUAAAAAAUAAACACAAAUAACUAAAGCAAACAGACACGGAGGCGAGCAGUUUCAUUGGGUUCGCGCUACCUUCUAAACUUGUUAACUGACGAUGAAAGCGUUGGAUUUUGUUGUGAACGAAUGCGUGGCCGCGUUUUUAAUCGUACAAAUACAAGACAGUGCAAGUGCAGGUUUCUGCCAUUGCUAUUUGAAAGGAACCUGCCUACGAUAGGGAGCGUCAAAGCGCGUGCACCCUACGAUCGCAAGAAGCAAUGUUCGCAUGUGGCUGCACGCUGCUGUGAUCAGCCCUAUAAUCGCUUAAUAUACGUUGUAUAUGUAACAUUCACGCGAAUUUCCGGAAAACAUGAUGAUGUCAAAUCCCCACUCGUUUAAGAGCUACACCUAAGGGAUAUAUUAUAUAUAUAUGCAUAAAUAUAUGUGUAUAUACAUGUAUAUUAUAUACACAUAAAGCUAUGUGACGAAAUAAACUAUUUUCCGACGAUCGUUGCUUUGAGAACGAUCGGCGUGCGGUCGCAAUUGACGCACAGACAUACAUAAAAAACCCGUAUCUACAUAUUAUAUAGACAAAACGAAAAAGCCCUUGCUCAUCAAACCUUUAAACUUAUAAUCAAGGAUCAUAAUGUUUCGAUUCAACGAUCGGUGCGCGGCUGUGAAGUCUCAAGAAGCUUUGACUUUAACGGCAAUACAUUGAUAUGCUAGAAUGCUGUUAACGAGCUAUAGUCACGACUAGAAAAUUAUAUGAUCAUAAGGCACGCCUGAAAAACGGAUAUCAGUCAUUUAUUUCGAUAUUUUUGAUGGACCUUGUUAAGCCGUACAUAAUUAAGCUUGUGCUACUUCUCGCUUGUCUAUCGCGCAAGCGCUCUUCGCGUUAGAGAAGCUCCGAGAGCAAAAGAGAGAGAGAGAGAGAGAGAGAGAGAGAGAGAGAGAGAGAGAGAGAGAGAGAGAGAGAGAGAGUGAAAACGCGAACCAAUGAACAACGCAUAGCCACGCAAAGUAAAUGCGCGACUCGAGUCUCACUCUGUUAUUGUUGUCGAUCAGUGUUGCACGAGAACGAAUUUCGAUGCUAUGCCCCCAUAAAACAACACACGGACCAAUAUUCGAGCACAAGUAUAUCCGAAAGCUUACAAGAGACAUUAUAACUCGAACUAAAAACAAAGACAAUGACGAGGGUAAAAAAAUAUGUAAGUCUUCAUGGCGGAGGCCACAACUCCCUCAAUCUUCUUUUUAUUUUCUUCUCUGUCUGUCUGUCUCUCUCUCUCUCUCUCUCUCUCUCUCUCUCUCUCUCUCUCCCCCUCCCUGUCGCUCUCUAACUACGGUGCGUAUAUCUUGACACCACAAGUGUGAACGCAUAGUGCUGAUUGCUUGCUUAUUUCCAAUUCUGAUAAAUACAUUGCAAUUACACACUAGGAGAGGAAAAUCCAUUGAAAAUUGCUUGACAUUUUUCUAAUCGUCAUACAUCAUAGCCUACCAAGACUUUGUACGUACAAAGAUAGUUGAAGUUUUAAUUAUACGUUUUAUCAUAAUGUCGUUAGCAUCUUACGCGUUGGCUGCACCUAUGACAAAUUGAUAACUAUAUAUUUUUUUUACCAAAUUCAGAAUCUUCCUUCAGUCAAACAUCUUUUUUAGAUUAAUAAAAUGCAUACAACUCAAGCUUAUUUUUUUUUGCAAUUGAUUCUCUAAUUUUUGAACUUAUACGUUUACGUAUCAUCUAUUUUUCGAAAUCCUAAUAUUACCUCGGAAUAAGCAUAGCAUUCGAGACUUUGUUAACAGAAAAGUAUAUACCAACAAAUAUGGAGAGAUAUUUGUAGAAAAUAAUAUCUCUACUAGCAAUAUGAAAAUCGCUAAAUAUAUAAAAAAACAUGAAUUUUGAAUCGAAACAGCGUUGUGAAAAAGCUUAAGAAAAUUUUUGCGAGUAAAUUGUGAAGCCUGAAAAGUAAAAUUUACUUAAACAUUUUAUCGUAUAUUUGUAUGAAAUUUUAAAAGUUUUAUAAUCGAUAAAUAUAAAAUGAGUACUUAAUUGUGCCAUUGGUUUUGAAAGAUACCGCUGCUUGCAAGUCAAUGGAUUUAUCUCUCACUUCAACAGUGCGUUAAAUACUUUUCAGAAGUAAAAACAAAUGGUGUUGAGAACUUAUUCACUUUGAUUAACUUUAACAAACUUGUUGAGCAAACUACUGGCUCUGUCAUUUCGAUAUUUUUGCACUGCCUAUUUCUUUAUUUCGAUACGUUUCCAAUAAUAUUACAUGCUUUUAAUCUUUGAUUUUUACAAAUGUCACAUACAGCUACUUGCAUUUACCUAAAUAACAGCAUCGCUUGUACUAUUUAGAAAAAUAACAAUUUUUUUCUUGUAUUUUUCUAACAGGCAAAAUAAAUAGAAUAGUGGCAAAUACAUUUGAUAUGAUGGAACAUAAGCAAUGUAUCAGACAUUAUUUUUUAAAUUCGUGUUGAAAAUAAAAUUGCGAUCGUCAAGGAAUUUACAAUUUUGUACUAAUUUUUCAUGUGAACAAGUACAACAAUUUUUCAAAUUCACACUGCGUUGUAUGCACUAAAAAUAUUAUCAUUGUAAAUUUAUUGAUUUCUACUGCACAGCAAAUAAUGGUUUGCAAACAGUUUUUCGCAAUAACGUUUAAAAAACUGUAAUAGCAUACUAAACAUAAUGUUGACUAUGACUUCAAAUACCUUGAAUUUCCAGAAAUACUUUGAAUUUAUUUUAUUGCAGAUAUUAUAAACUGAAAAUCAUUUCGGGUAAAGUACAAAACGUGUGAAUUCGGUAGUAAGGUAAAGUUCGUGAAUCAUGGAAGUAAUCUCGAAGAUUUUUCAUCAUUUUUUAAUGUCCAUUUUACAAAAAAAGAAAAGAAAUAGGGCAGAAUAGAAUUAAAGUAACGACGUUGUUGUGUUAGCUUUCAAUUUUUCAAAUAAGUAACUCCAAUGCAUUAUAAUAUAUAAGUAAAAUAAAAAUAAUGCUGUUUAUCUGACGUUAAUAUUAUGAAAAAAAAUCUGUUGAAAUGCAAACAAAAUACAAAAAAAAUGAAAAAAGAAAUAAAGCAUUACAUAAUGUCAAACACAUAUAUUUUUAGGGACAAUAAUGAAUGUUCACGUGAUCACUUUAUGAUAUCACUUGGAUGAUGAAAACAUUCAAUGUUAUAAAAAAUAGGUUUUAUUAUUUAAUAACCUAUAUUAAUAUUAUCUAAACAUGUCAAUCUAAAAUAUAGCAAUUUCGAGUUAUUCAUUAAACAAUAUAAAAAAAUUAAGAUUUGUGAAUGUACGAUCGUUAUAACGAAGCUGCAACAUUAUUAAGUCGCUAUUGAUUUGAGGAUAUUACGUGUAUUGGAACCAAAUUUAGUUCCAACGUGCCAGUGAUACUAAUUAUUGAGAGAUUAUUAAGAGGAAAUAAUGUGGCAAGUGUAGGGUUAGAAAAACUUUUCGAGCAUUUUAUGUCUGCUGUUGACGAGAAACUUUUCGCUACGGGCUGGGUAUGACAUACUUGGGCUUCGUUUUUGAUGUGUGCUGUCGUGAAAACCACUAUUUCACAAUUCCUCCAAUGAAACUCAUACACUUUUGUAUCGUUUUAUAAACACUUAGCGUUCUGAGAACUCUUCAACAUUCUAUAAAAAUGUAUUGCAAAAUAAUCUGUAAAUAUGCUGAUGGAUUUCGAUGCGAGAGGAAAAGAAUAUCUUGCAGAAACAUUACAUCGCAUAAAAAUAAUACACAAUUUAAUUACUACAAGUUAACACUGAUAUUUGGAAAUAUACUUUCAAUAAUUUCAAUAUAUCGAAAUCUCACUAGGAAUUUUCACUGAUAGGUUAUUUCAAUUACAUACUUUGAAUGUAUUAUACCAGCUAAUUAUUGAUUUGUCAUACCAUACGUGCUCAUCUAAUCUAUAUCAUGCCUACUUUAUAAUUUUCAAUUGAUAAAAAAUCAACAUCCUUAUUUGUCACAAGCAAAAGUCAAAGUUAUAAUAGUAGAAUGAUGUAAUAUUAAAAUGAAAUAGCCGCGAUGGGGAAUUCCACAAAUUGUCAUACAUCAUGCUCCUUAUUUCAGAUUUCGGAUAAUCCUUAUCACAAAAUACGUGUGUUCUCGGUAUAAUUAUCCAUCGUUCUCUUUGAUAUACUUUAUAUAUUUUGGAAGACAUUUCAAAUAUACAUUAAAAAAAAUUAAUCACUGGGGAACACAUUUUUUCUGCGAUGAGAUACAUGUAAAAAUGACACAUUAAAAAUUGAUGAAUUAUUUUUUUACAAAACCAACUAGAAAUUUGCUUAACUAUUUUUGCAACCGAUUUACAUGAAAAUGCACGUUUCUAACAACAUAUAGUGUUAGUUAUAUAAACAUCGAAAAUACGUUGGUAUUGAAUAUAAAAUGUAUUUAAUUAUUAGGCCUUUCAGAGCAUUGUAUUCACGAAUGUUUACACAAAAAAAUUAACGUAUUGUAAAGAAGACAGGAAAAGAUAGGCGUAAUACCGAUAAAUUAUUAAGUGAAAGCUAAACUACGUCAGUAAUAUAAUCUUUUUCCUUUGAAGUUUUUAAAAAUAUAUCCGCAUUUUCUUGGGAAUUCGUACAAGUUUUUGACUAAUCUUGAUCUGUGUCUGUCUAGGUUGUAAGGCAAGUAACCGAAUUCCAAGAGAAACAUCCAGCAUUAGUUUCUGAAGCAGCUUUUUCUAUGAAUCUAAUGUGGUGUUAUAAAUAAUUGAGUACAUCAAUAUUGUGUUCCGUCCUUCAAGUUCAGGAAAGUAAUUUAUUUGCUUCAGAUAACUUCAAAGGCAAAAGUAAAAUAACAAUGGUUCUUUCGUUUGAUGUCGAACAAUAAUUUAUAAAUGGGACAGAGGAUAUAAUCGUAUAAAUAGCCAGUUAUGGAGAAAUGUCUAUCAAUUGCGUUUGCCAAGUUUAAUAAUAGUUGAUGAAUGCAAACAAACAUUAAUUCAAAUGAUAUGAUAUGGAAAUUAUGAUAGUUACUUUGCAAAUUAUUUCAUUUAGUAAUAAACGCACGACAAAUUGCAAUGCUCUUGAAAAAAUCAUUGAUUGCUUUUCAGUGAAUUACGAGGUAAAUUAACUGUUGAUGCGUGAGUAGCUUAUUUCACUAUUAAUGCAUUUACAAUAGUGUUCUCGUUAUAUUAAUUAUAUUAUAUACAUGCACAUAAAAAAAUAGGCAAAUAAGGACAUUGCUUGUCAAAUUUAUAAAAGUAAAUCGUUGAAUUUGAAUCCAAAGCCAUCGAAUAACCCUAUUUUCUAUCGCAGAAAUACUCCAACUGGUUAAUUGAUCUUCGAGUGUAUUUUGCGAUUCAAACCACGUGAAGUGCGAUAAGACAAUUGACAAUUCUGUAUCUGAAUUCAGAUUCAGUACACAAGAAUUGAUGCAGAUAACUGCGUGCGGUCUGCAAGUAAGCCUAUUUUAUUUAUGUGCCAGUCUUAUUUCCAUCUCGUGAUAUGAAACAUUCUAUUAAAAAAUAAUUCGAAUAUGUCAGUAUAUUACGGAAAUAACGUUGUCAAAAUGCAAGACAUUCUAUUUCUACUAUUUGGAAAGAAAAUCAUGUUACAUAUUACUCAUGUCGACAAUCAUUAACGACAAAAAUUUUUUAAAAACCACAUGUAAUACAAAAUUUGCUUCCGUGGAUUAUUUUAAAUAAGACGUUUCUAUUUCAGCAAUCGUCGAUCGGAAACGAUAUAUAGAAAGAGAAAGAGCAUUCUGCAUGUGCGUCAAAGAUUGCAAUUUCAACAGUACAGACAUAUAAGAGAUAUAUUUAUUACUAUAUUUGAUACGACGAAGACGACGGUAAUAGAAAAACACGUACAGACAAAGUUGUAUGGAGUAGAUAUUAUUUUCGUAAGAAUUUUGUACAGAAUAGGAAGGUUGAAAUAUCUAAUGAGAUUAUAUAAGCUUGUAACGAAUUUUUUAACUUAAAUGAGAAAAGUAAAUUUAUAAUAAAGUAUUUAUGCAGCUUAUGUACAUUCCAGUCAUAUCCACAUUGUCUAAAUGUAUAUACAGCGUAAUGAAAUUUGGGAUCGUACAAUUGAAUCGUAUAAGCUUUACUAUGUACUAUUUCUAAUCUAUUUUCUAGAAAAUAUUUCUACGUCCUAAAAAUUAUUUAUAUAAGACAAAGUAUAUUUCGUUUCCUUUAACAAUCAAGCAUCAUUGUUUCCUUCAUUGUAUACAACUUCCAAUUUUCAUCCACAUGUUAUACAUUCAGUAUAAUUUAUAAUGCACUUCAGUAUACGUAUCGCGGUAGUGUUUGAAACGAGCAACGUACAAAUUGAACAAAUAAGUAUAAUAAUGCGACUAAAGUAACGUUAUAUUAUCGCGUAAACCUAUUUAUGUGGUUUAAACUUCUAUAAAUGUGAUUAUAAGCAUGCAAAUUAUAAUAGAUUUUAAUAAAAUAAGAUUAUUGUUUCGGUUUUUGAUCUUCAAACAGAUUAAAAUAUUAUUUUUAACCUAAUUUGCUUACAAUUUUCACGUUAUUUAUGAACCACUUCAAGAAACAACAAUCUUUAAAUACUACAAAAACAAUGUCCUCGACGUUUAUCUGUUGGAAUUCAAUUGUAAUUGAAUUCAAUUAAGAAUAAAAACCUUUCGUUUAGACGCCCCAAUAAAAAUAGCGAACCCGUUAAUAAAAGAAAUAAAAGAAUGAUUGAGAUUAAAUGUUUAAGAAAAUUUAAUUAAUCUUGUAUGGGAAACUGUUUAUUACAUAUUUUGUUGUAUAAUUUCACAAGUCAAGAAAAUAAAUUUGGCAAUACUGGAAAAAUAUUUAUUCAAGUGUAAAUGUACAUACUUCUAGAGUUUAAGAAUAUAUUUAUAGAGUUUAUGCAAAAGAAUGAAAGAAUCCGAGUUGCCAAAUAACAACAGUGUACUUCUCAAGUAACAACAAACAACAAAUGUUUGAGAUGGCGUUUCAACAUACAUAGGCAUAUGUCAUUUAUAUAAAGAAUUUCGCAAUCAAAUUAAAAAAAAAAACAUUUUUAGUUUAAAAUCAAAAAUUAAGUCAUUUAUUUAAUACUUGGUAACUCGAUUUCUUUCUUAAACUAUAUUUUUUAUACAUAGCUGUAAUCAAUGCACAAAAUCUGUACACCGAACUAUAAUUUAACAAGAGAUAUUAAAUUACGCGAAAGCACUCAUUUCAAUAAGAGUCUAAAUCUUGAAGUAAAAUCCACUCAAUUGGAUCUGUCUAAUGUGGAGUGCAUUCUAUAAAUUACUGCUGCGCACAUAUUAUUUUAGUUAACGCGUCAUUUGUAAUUGUAAAUAUUACAAAUUACACGUAUAGUUGAAGUGUAAUUGAAGCUGGAAAUUAUAAGUAAUAUAUAAUAUUGUAGAUACUUAAAUCCGUUUGUCAACCUUGUGUAAAAUAUUGAAUGGAAGAUUCGUUUGUUUUUGUGUUAUUUUUCCUAUGUGCUGUACGUUAUAUGGAUAUAUAUAGGCAAUGUUAUCUGAAUAACAGUGAAAUAAUAGAAACAUACUAGGUAAGGAGAAACCGUUGCAGUAAUAAGAUAGAGAGAGGAUAUUGUACAAAAUAUGAUAGAAAGAAUAUAUAACAGGCGGUUUUCACGGCAGGUGAAUGUAUAUAACAAAAUAUUGAAAUCUGUAAAUGUACUAAUAUGUUUAUAGAAUAUCAUAAAAAUAUAUUGAUCACUUUCAUUGCGCAGUGCUUAAAGUUAUGAUGUAAUUUAGAAAUGAAUUUGAUUAUAAGUAUUCAUUGCAUACAUAUAUCGAUUUAAUGUAUAGAUGGCAAGGUAAAGGUUUUGAUUGCCAGAAAUCUUACGUAAAAGAAGAGAGUGAAAGAGAUUAAAAAUGAAAGAUACAAUAGAGCACGUUUUGAGAAUUAUAACGAAUACGAAGUAAGCAUUUUGCAGAGUAUGUUUAAUUUGUGAUAUUGAUCACAAAAUGAGGCACAAGAACGCAACAAAUUAUAAAUAUUUUCUGAUAAAAUGUAAUAAA